AUGGCGUCGCCAAGCGAUCCCAACGAGGCGUAUCGCCAGACUCAAUUCCAGAUCUAUAACCUGCAACAGACGCUGCUGAACUCGUCCAAGGCCACUGAAAUAAAGACAACAGAUUCACAGCAGCCUGUUGAGAACGCAUCCACAACGGCCAAUGGCUCAGCUAACGACAAAAACGCCACUUUUGAAGAUGUUGCGCCGGUCAAAAUCGACUCCCGACCUAUCCUGGACUUGGUAACAAACAAGUUUGGGCGGCCCCACAAGCGACUAGGCGCGAUGCGCUACAACCCGUGGAAAACCGGUGUUUUGGACUUCAAACCCGAGGAAAUAGCUGCCGCUUCCGCGACCUAUGGUACCGUGCUGUCAUCUCCGCCGCCAUUCCUGCCUGCGUUUGGAUUCGCGAACAUCAAUGCCCUGGUCACUGUACACGUGCGCUGCGAAGAACUCAUGGAAGUGCAAUCACAGCCGUCUUCUAACCCUCGAAUCGCCAAUAAUGAGCUUUGGGGGGCCCAAAUAUAUACCGACGACUCCGAUCCGCUGCUGGCGCUGCAACAUUGUGCCGUCGUAAGUCGCGAUGCGCAGGGCCACCUCGAAAUUGAUCGAUUGCGAACUCCGGCGAACAUUGAGAAUCCCGACAAUGUCACAGGCGACAUACCACCAGGCGCAAUUCCGUACGAUUUAAAAAUCGAUCUGCUGCUUCUACCGCCUUUGCAAAACUACGCUUCAGCAGCCUGUGGCGGCAUCAGAUCUCGGUCCUGGACCACGGGCCAUGACGGACUGAGCUACGGCAUAUAUGCCAUCGAAGUGAUACCGAGGGACCAAUCCCUACAGAGCAUCGAGCCCAAGGACGAAAUCAAAGCUGUCCAGUGGGCUUGA